GUUUCACACGUUUUGCAACACUCUAACGCCUGGUGUUGUAAUUUUUCAUUUUGUCGCAAGGUGAAAUCGAAAAUGACGGUUUUUUAAUAGUGAAAAGUGCACUAAAAUCACCAAAUUGAUCAUCAAAUUGUAGCUAACAAGGGCGUUUCACUAUUCUGCAUAAAUGCACAUGGAAAAUUCAAACGUAAAUGCAUGAAAAACGUAAUUGAAAAUUUUUACUUUGUGUGGUGUAGCAGCACACACACGCACCCGCACACACACAUACACAUGGAGAUAAACGCAGCAAUGGCCUCGCACUCGUCGCACUCGCAUUCGCAGCAUAUAUAAAAGCUCAGUCUCAGUUGUUGUAUAUUGGAAGAAGGAGCGCACAAAGCAGAAGACGAGAAGAAAGAUUUCUGUGUCAUUGAACGAGGCGAUGAGGCGACGACGACCAGCAGCGGAGUAAAGCAAGAAGGCUAAUAACAAGGAGCAUCAAUAAAAAUAAAAGAAAGAAAAACCACGAAACCGAAUACAAAUACACACAUACAUAUAUAAGAACAGCUGCAGGUGCAUAACUCUUCCAAGGAUACUAACUCUACUGCUCUCUCCCUCUUUCACUUGCCCUUGUCUUCUGCUCGCACACACACACGUUACGAUCGAUACACGAACGCCGCCUGUGUAUUGAGAUUUUUUUAUUGUAUUGAACGCACAUAUCCGCAAAUACAAAUACAACGGCAAUUGCAAUUCAUUUACAAUUAGUGCUCAUUAAACAUUAUUCUCAGUGUGCAUAAGACUGUGUGUGCGUGUGUGUAGACGACUCUCCUUGGAAAGAGAGACGUCCGAACGAAAUACCAAGUGGAAAUUACUCUGGAAAUUGUGUCUACCUUUCAUGUGCGUGUGUGUGUGUGAGUUUAAUACAAACAGAAGCGUAUUCUGCGUGCGUGUGUGUGUAGAAAAUUAAAGCAACAACAACGACAACAUCGCAGUCGACAGUCCUAGGCAAGAUCACACACACAUACACCCUACUGCAACUUCACUAGCAGCAGCGAAGGAUUGAGGAAAAAUGGCCGCCACACGAACAACUGCAAUAACAGCUCGAAAAGUCACAGUUUUAUGACUCUAAAGUGAGAUUCACAGAGUGAGUGAGAGAGUGAGAGCGAGCGAGAGAGAGGAAGCAAGUCAAGUCAAGCUUGAGAGCGUAGUUCGUUGGCCCCUUGCAGAGUAAGCAAAGCAAGCAGCAUCAUCAUCAUCAUGGUGGACAACAGCGUGCAGUGUCCCGUGUGCACUUUGUACCUGCAUGCGGGCAUGAAUCUCUCGGAUCAUUUGGAGACACAUCCCAAGGAGCAGGUGAUCAAGGCAUUAGUGCAAAUGACAAUCGUUGGCAACAGCCCAAUGGGCAGUACUCUGGCAGCGGCAGCUGCACUCGCCACUGCCGGCAGUGGUGGCAGCAGCAGCAGCAAUACCAGUCAGCAGCAGCAGCAGACUGCGGUGGCAUCGUCAGACGGUUCCGCCUCCUCGGCAGCGCUCGAUGCUGAUGUGAAACCAGCUGUGGCACCAAUAGCAGCAGCUCCAGUGCCACCAACAGCUGUAGUAGCAGUAGCACCAACAACAGCAGCACCUGCAUUGCAAUGUGCGACAGCAGCAUCAACAGCAUUAAAAUCAACAGCACCGAAAGCUGCGUCAUUACUGGCAAAUGCAAUGGCCAGUAGCAGCAGUAGCAACGGCUCCUCUAGCAGCAACAGUAACAAUAACAAAUUGAGCAAUCCACCGAUUAAGGCAGUCAAAAGCGCGCCACCCUCGACUGAGGCGUCAGCCACCACAUCCAGCAACACACCCACCAUAAACAGCGUGGCCGCCGCCUAUCCGCCAUCGUUGACUUCUGAUUAUCGCUACGAUCAGCAACAUCAGCAGCAGCAACCACAACAACAACAGCCCCAACAGCAGCAACAUCAACAGACGACGCCAACAGCAACACUUCAUGGGUUUCCACGUGGUGCAACCACAAUGUUGGUGAUACCGCAGGCUGCAGCACAGCACCAGCAUCACUUCCUGGCCACGCAGCCCGCACAUUUUGCGCAUCAGCAGCAGCAACAGCAGUCACCUAUGAAGUACACGUAUGCAACCACCACGCUGCCACCGCCCCCACCACCGCUGCAGCUUUUUGCACAGCAGCCGACAACGUCACAGUCGCAUCAGAAGCCACCGCCCGCUUAUGGCGCCGCCAUCAGUCAAAUUCGAUCUCAGCACAACCAAAACAAGCAACAACAACAACUGCAGCAGCAUCAACAGCAACCGCAGCAGCAGCAACAGCAACAUAUAAGCGUACAACAUAAUGUAAACCUAGCACCACCGAGUGGGAAGCACAGCAAAACCCACACGGAGAUCUUUCUGAAUCCUCCGCCACCACCACCGCCACAGUCCGCAACGAUGCCGUCUUCAUCGUCGAGCUCCUGCGCCUCCUCCAGACUGCAACAUCCACAACAGCAUCAACAUCAACACCAGCAAUCACUUCAAAUUGGGAAUAGCAGUAUUGUGGCUAUCAACUGCUCCAGCGUCGCAUCGAACCUAAUGCCAACAUCGUCCAGUGGACGAGGCAGCAGUCGCCAAUCGACCAAUUCGCCAUUUGGUGCACUGCUUAAUGCAGCAGCGCAAGCUGCCAGCUCAUCGCCCGCCUCCUCCAGCGCUUCGGUGCUGCGUUACGCUGAAUCGCCGGUUGCUCACUAUUUGGAACGAGAGAAUGGUGAUUUUAUUGUGCAGGAGACGCCCAAACACAUUGUCGAAUGCGUCGAGAAAGAUGACGGCGAGUUUUCAGUAAUUGAGAGGAUAUAUCAGUCGCCACCCAGCGUCUUGCACAUACACGAUGAUGAUGAAGAAGAGGAGGAUCAGAGCUGGGCAAACAGCGAGGAUGACGACGUCAAGGUGGCGCAUAAUCAUGUCGAGGAUGGCGACGAUGAACGUGAGGACAGUCGCAGCCGAGUUGGUGGCAUUAAAACGACAACGAGAAAGUCACGCAAAACAAAAACCGGCAACAGAAUCCACAAACGUGCGUCUAAACAUCAGUUGGCUGCCGAAGAGGAGGAAGAGUUCAUGAGUGUCGGCAGCAGUGAGAACGAAGAGCUGGAGGAGGAGGAUCAGCAGCAUCACCAUCACCACCAUCAUCAGCAAUCGCCAUCUUCAGCUGCUGCGCAGGUGGCUUUAUCUUCGCCUCCGCAGCUUUGCACGGCCCCAUCGACUAGCAGCGGAACCUCUUCAGGGUCCUCCGGCAUUGUCAAUUCUACAUCCAGUGGCACCGUAAAGUCCAAAAAGAAUCGUGUUACUGUGCUAAGCGAUGUGCCGCUCAAUAUGAACGAAUAUUUGGAUCUAGUAGGCAAUAUUGUGGCUUCAAGUCGCAUCGGUGCCUCGCGUCCAUUUGUCGCUGUUGCGCCCCUCCCGCUGGUCAAGGUGGAAAAGGAGGAGCCGCUGGAUGACUACGACAGUGUUCCGAGUGAGAUACAAGCGAUGGAACAGAAGCCCAGCUUGGAAAAUGCCGCUGGCAGCAGUAGCAGCAGCAACAGCAGUAGCAACAAUGGACAUGGCACCACCAGCGUCAUACGCAUGGCGAGCACAAGCACCAGCAGCAGUAGUAGCAAUGUUCCGGCCGAUGAUCUCACACAGCCGCCGCCAAUGAAAGUUGAGGUGGAGCCAACGAUGCUGUUGCCGCAACGUUUCUCGGCACCGGCACAGCAGCGUGGUCCCAAAAAGUUAGUCAUCAAACCAAAGGCCACAACAACGGCAACGGCGACCACAACGUUGGCGGCAGCAGCGACGGCGACAGCGACGAAAAAGACUGAUAACAAUAACGCUGCCGGCAGCAGCAGCAGCAGAAGUAGCAACUGCGUCGAAUCUCUCAGCAUAUCAAAAACAUCGGCGGAAUUGGUACAGAUCAAGAGCGAGACUGUGGAACAACCAUCUACAUCGAGUGGUGGCAGCAUCUUAGAGAAACAUCUGACCACCAGCUACAGUGGGCAACAAUCACGCAAACACUCCGCAGUCAACGAUGACGAUGCACGCGUCCUUCUCGAGUUUGCCAACUCAAAACAGUUGCCCUUAGCGAGUGGCAGCAAUCCCACCACAUUCGUGGUGAAUGCAGCAAGCUUUGCGUCGGCCGGAUCUGUGUUUGCCAGCAACACGCAGCAGCCGCAGCAGAAGCCCGGUGAAGAAUACAUACUGCCUGAUGACAACAAAGUGGAAGUGGAUGAAAUUGUGAUAUCCUCCUCGUCUUCCUUUGCCUCCUCCACUCAACAGCAGCAGCAACAACAACAUCAACAGCAUCACCAGCAACCGCAUCAUCAACACGCAUCUGCGACAGUGCAGGCAGCGCAUUCGACAUUGCAGCAGACACAGCCGCCAAAUUUUAAUGAUUUCAACUUUUUGUACCACCAAAAUGCAACACCAACAACGGCAGCGACUUCCUCCAGCUUUGUACCCUUUGGUCUGCAGCAACAGCAACAUCAGCAGCCACCACAUGGUUCCAGUGAUGCGACCAAUGCAGCAACGCUUGCCUCAUCCUCCAGUAACUCAUCAGCAAUGGAUCACGACUCGUCCAUGAAUGCAUCGUUCCGCGUGGCCAAAACACAAUCAUCGCUAAAUGGCUGGUAUCAACCACAGCAGCAACAACAACAGGCGCAUCAUCAUCAUCACCAGCAGCAGCAACAACAGCAGCAACCACAGCCAACAACAUCUCAAAAUGUGGAGCAGUCAAGCAAUUUUAUUGCUGCUUUGGCGGCUGUCGAUUGUUGCAGUGUGGCGAUGGACAGUGAUGCGAGUGAUGCAAAGUAUUUGGAUCUGGACACAUGUAAGCGGGAACAGUUAAGCAAUAGCAACAGUCACUUGCCCUCUGCCUCAGCAUCCACAUCGACAACAUCAUCUUCAUUUGCGGCUGCUGCCACAGAGAGCAGCCUUGUUGGUGGAUUGGGUUUGAAUAUACGCACGGAUGAGAAGAUGCCUGCGAAAGGAGAAAUUUCCGAACAGGAGAGCAAUUGCGACAUUGAGAACUCUUGGAGUCAAUCGAUGUAUGGUGACAUAUCACAGCGGUACUUUAGAAGCCAAUUUGCGGAUGGUUACAAUCAACAGCUGACCGAUUGGCGUCAGGACUUUUAUCCUGCGCAGGAUCUCAGUGGCCAACAACAGCAGCGUGAACAGAAAAGAUUUGAUUUCAAUGCGGUGGCAUCCGAGUAUGCGCAGCCGGAUGAGCUGGACGCUUCCUCGAGCUCGGCACGAAGUAAUCAUUUGCUGGAUGCACAGCCCACUACCUCGACGUCAUCAUCGGCUUUGCUGGCUGGUCCACCAAUAGCCUCGACAUCUAGAGCUGCCGCCGAGGCAGAGGCAGUUGCAGCCGCCCUGCAGCGGAAGGGUCAACGUCGCAAGAUCUACAGAUGUCCACACUGUGUGGCAAUCUUCGAGAAGCUCAAGGAACGCAACGCCCAUAUGAUUGGAGAGCACAACUAUGUCCGGCAGAACCGUCGACUCAUCUGCACUCAGGCCAUGGUCAAUGGUGCUAUGCUGGCACAGCCCCAGGCUGAACACCAAGAGCAAGCCCAGCAGCAGCAACUGUUGCUGCAGCCAGGUGGCAGCGAUGCUCUUCACGAAGAUUCGAAGGAUGGUAUUGUAAAGAUUAAGCAGGAGCACUGUCAGGACAAACCUGAUUCAACUGACCAGCAGAUGCUUGAUCAAUUGGAAAUGCCCGAUGUUAAAGAUGCCGGUCUAUUAGGUGUUAAUAGUGAGAACGCUCGCGAUGCAGACGUAAAGCCUUCCACGACCGUAACAGAUCUGAAGCCGACUAUGCCACCGCUGAGUAUGACAACACCAGCUGCCAAAUUGGCAGCUAUUUAUCGCAUGCUUAUUUCCUACAAUGAGUCGAAGCUUGGGCAGGACCAUCAUAACCUCAGCGAGCUGGAACAAAAGGCCAUGGAGAAAUCCAUAUUUCUAUGCUACGUGUGCCGCACCGACUUCCCCUCGGUGAAGCUGUACGAUGCCCACUUAACUGAGCAUCCCGCCGAAUGCUUUACGUGUGGGAAAAAAUUCUAUCGUUGGAAGAAUUUCUCACUGCAUCUGAAGCGCCAUCUGGGCUGGAAGGAAUUCGGUUGCUAUGUCUGCGAUAAGAAAUUUGUGGUGCGCAGUGCUCUUGUGGAGCAUAUGCGCAUGCAUACCGGCCAAACUCCCUUGAAGUGCAAAAUAUGCGGCAAAAAGUUCAAACGUUAUUCCAACUUGACUCAACAUCGAAAGCGUCAUACCAAAAUGACAGUAAGGAAAAAGGAAUAUGUGUGUCAUUGUGGCGAGGUCUUGCCAUCAAAGGCACGCUUCUUGUGGCAUAAAGAAACGCACGACUUGAAACCAAAAUGCUGUCCGUAUUGCUGUGAUCGUUUUGUGCACGCCAAUUCAUUGCGUCGUCACAUUCGGCUAGCCCAUUCAGACAAAUUUGAUUAUGCUGAGCCCAUGGAAUGCCCCAUGUGCAAACAAAUAUUUGCGAAAACGUCCAUUAAGGCACACAUGGCAACGCACUCAACGGAUCCACAAUACGAUUGCGCCAUCUGCAAUAAGAGCUUCUCCACCAAAUGGAAUCUCAAGAUACAUUCGUGGGUGCACGCCAAUCGCACUGCCAAGCCGUUCAAGUGCGAGCACUGCCCCAAGGCCUUUGUACGCGAACUGGACUUUAAAAAUCACAUGAAUGCGCACAAACAGAUCAAGCCCUACACAUGUGAGUAUUGUGGUUGUAAGUUCAUACGGAAAUACAAUUAUAUGAGGCAUCGGCGAGAGCAUCAUGGCAACAAGAAGUUCACCUGCGAUCAGUGCGACAAGACUUUCCAUAGGCACUACUAUUUGAUAGAGCAUCGACGAAUUCACACGGGUGAGCGUCCUUUCCAUUGCACCAUCUGCGGUAAAAGCUCCACAACGAAGACCAAUCACAAUAAGCAUCUGAAGAUACAUCAUUCGCGAGAUCCCUUUACCGUGGAGGUCUAAGAGAAUCGGUGGAAAGGCGGAUGGACUAAUCAUACUAAAGUUUAAUACAUUAAUUAGCUAGCUAUUCAUGGCUCUUCUCAGUGUGUGUAAUGUGUGUCUGUGGUUAUAUAAAACGAAACAAAACAAACUAGUAUUACUUAUCGAACUAUUAUAUAAUUAUAUAUAUAAUACAAAAAUGCAAAAAUAUAUAUGUAUACUUUACAUAUGCGAAUGCCAAUUCUUGAUAAACAAAAAAAAAAACGAAGAAAAA